CUCACUGGACGAUGAUCAGCAGCAGAAAUAUCCUAGGAAAGUCUUGAGAAAGACGAAGAAUUUAAAAUUGGUUUUCUCUCUCCUGUUUUUAUGACUUCAUUUUUCGGCAGCAAUAUGUUUUCACUGUAUCCAAAAACUUUCCUGUUGGUUCUGGUGUGUGCGUGUGCGUGUGCUGCCUCGGGUGCUGCCAAUAACGUCACCAUGCGAGGCAGGGCCUUCACUCGUUUUGACAAUUCAAUCACAGAUGAACCAAUAGACCUGGAUGAACUUCAUACAGAUGGGGAUAUCUCCAAAGUUAAUCGUUCUGCAAGUAAAGCAAACAACUCCAGCAGGUCAGAAAUUACAGAAGAGGCAAUGCUGUUUCUAACAGGCCCUGUAUCCACCGUCCUCAUACCUUCCUUCUACUCACUGGUCUGGCUCAUCAGUGUGCCAGUCAACAUCGGUGCGGUUCUGGCCUUCGCUUUAGGGAUCCGUCCUAAGAAGCCGGCAGCGAUCUACAUGCUGAACCUGGCCUGCGCUGACCUGCUAUUCGCCAUGCUGCUCCCCUUUAAGAUCUUCUACCACUUCGAUGGCAACAACUGGAUUUUCGGAGAACACGUGUGCCGCGUGGUCACUGCAGCUUUUUACUGGAACAUGUAUUGCUCCGUUCUCCUCAUAGCUUGCAUCAGUGUGGACCGGCUUCUUGCUGUAGUCUACCCUAUCGACUCCCUGGCUUGGAGAAGGCCACGAAACUCACUCAUAGCCUGUGGAGUCGUGUGGAUACUAUCCUUCGCUGGUUCAGUGCCCCUCGUCCUCUCCGAGCAGACUUUUCCGCUUAAAGAGUUGAACAUCACCACAUGCCAUGAUGUCCAGUCCUCUGAUGUGCUAAUCUCAAACUACAAGAUCUACUUCAUCACCAUCUGCUGCGCCCUCUUCUUCCUGCCCCUGCUCAUCACUGUGGUGUCCUACACGCGUGUGAUCUGGUCACUGAGCAGGGUCCCACAUGGGGUUUCAGGAAGCUCACGCAGAAGAACAAGAGCAGUGGUGAUGGCUUUAACGGUGUUGGUGAUAUUUGUGCUGUGUUUCACUCCCACAAACAGUCUACUGCUAGCACACUAUGUGCAGUUUAAUAAGGGAUAUGAGAAGAGCCGGGAGGCCCCUGAUGGCUCCUACGCAGCCUAUCUGGUGUUUAUGUGUUUGGGAAGUCUGAACUGCCUCCUGGAUCCUCUGGUCUACUACUUUGGAUCAUCCCAAUGCCAGAGGCAACUAUCCAGGGCACUGAGGUGUCAGAAGAUCACAAAGGGCAGUAGCAGCAGUCAUUCCUCAUCUAAUUCAUGCAGAUCCAGCAGCAUAACAAUUCUGAAAUCCAUAGAAAGCUCCAAAAUAAACUCUCCCGUCACCAAAAUGGACUCUUUCCAAAAAAGUCUAAACAGCCAAUACAGGAAACUGCUGGUCUGAUAAGACUGUCACAUUGAAGAGGCAUUAAUCGUCUUAACUGAUAUGUGAUUUUAAAGUUAUGAAAUAGAAAUAUUCUAUUAUGAAGUUCAGCACCAGAAAAUAAAGAGCACAAAUUGAAUCUGUAGGGUUUAGCUUCCUGCAUGUAUUUUCCUUUCAUGAUUAUAAUAAAGGGAGGAUAACUAAACCUAUCGUGCCAACAGAAAUAGCUAAGAAUCUUGGUUCCAUAACAACAAAUGUUCAAUGACAGACGUGCCUUUUGAGUGAUGAAUAAAGAAGGAAGGAAAUUGAGAUUAGAUAAAAAUGUGCUUUCUAGAACAAUUCUGCUCAACAUUUGAUACUAUGAAAUGCUUUUACUUUUGCACUGUAUGUGUAAGAGCUUGUGAACUUGUAAGCAGAAAAUUAAUAUGUACAUUUAAUGGAAGGAAACAACUUAGUAUUUUGUCUUUUUUCUGUAUACAUUUGCUGCAAAGCUUAUUUUUACGCACUUAUGUUUCACUUUUGAAAAGCUGUUAAUCAUGUCUUACUUUGUAUAUAUCUAUAUAUAUAUAUACAUAUAAAUACAUAUAUAUGUAUAUAAUACAUUAUAUAAUAAAUAUAUAUAACAGUAAUAGGCUAAGCAAAGUCUGAUGGUGGCAUAGUUUGUUUACUACUGCUCUCUGCUGGUAGGAAAUGUGAAGUGCUGUUCACCAUUGUCCAGGUUUCUGCAGCAGAUAGUGCCUGAAAGAAUCUGACCACCUAUCUUCCACUGUGUAUUGGUUUUAGUCAAGAGUUGUGUCUUUGUGUAAAGGAACUACUGACUGAAUAAACAAUAUUUGAAUUAUUCAA